AUGGAGUCGCAAGACCGCGCGUCGAAUGCGCUUGUGCGCAAACGGACCGACACCGAACUGAUGCCGGCACCACCGCCUGUCAAGAAGAUCAAGCGCCCGAAAAAGGUCAUAGACGAAGACACCUAUACUGAUGCCCUUUCGCAAAUCAUCGCACGCGAUUUCUUCCCUGGACUUUUGGAAGCCGAGACACAGCAAGAGUACCUCGACGCACUCGAAUCGAAAGACAAGGCAUGGAUAUCGAACGCUGGGCAGAGACUACAGCGCGUGAUGACACCGGGGAGACAAAGGUUGAAAAGGCCGGCGCCGUUCGAAAAUGGAGGACGCACACCGUCAGCAUACGGUGCGGACACGCCAGUAACAGUCGUAUCGACAGUGGCCGAAGCACCAAAACCGGUUGUAGACACCAAUAUGAGCCUCGCCAACUUCCAGGCCACCUACACAAGCGAGGAUAACGAGAGCUUUUACAAGCUCAUGGAUAAGCAAAGCCAGAAGAAGGCAGAGAAAUACGCGUGGAUAUGGCGGGGGAACAAGCUGCCGUCGAAACAGAUGAUCAAACAGGCCGAGGUUGAAGCAAAGUUAUUAGGAACAAGGAGUUUGACCGACGAUGGAUGGAAGAGGGAUAGACUGGCCAUCAAGGACGUCGAUGACCGGCCAGCGAGGCCUGAUAGUUGGAAUGCCAACCCGAAGAACAACCUGAUGUUCGGUCCGGAUAGUGUUGAGGAUAACUACGAGAGCCCGGCUCAGAAGGCCCAAGCCGAGUCGAGGAUGGCACCGAAGUCGAUCAAUUACCACAACACGAGGAUACCGCAGCCAGUAAUUGUCGAGCGACCGCCAUCCCCAACAGUGUCUGCCGUCAGGGAUGCGAUCGCAGGUAAGACGCGGAAAGAGGACCAGGCUUCCAGCGCCGUUGGGGGAGGAGAGACACCGAGAGUAAACGGGUAUGCAUUUGUGGACGACGAAGACGAUGAAGAGGUUUUGCCUGCUCCCGUCAUCAACCUGGGCCCGGGCGACGCCACGCCAAAUCCUUUCAAGCUUCAGGACCAGAGGAAAAGAGAAAGCUUACACCAUCGAUUGGUUGAGCGGGCAGCGCAGUCCAAGAGAGAAUCCACGAAAAACGGACUGACCGGGAAGCCGGAGAGAACCCCAGUGCCCAAGUUUCCGUCCAGUCCGCGAGUCUCGGGUGGCCUGACACCUGCCGCUCAACGAUUGUGGAACAAAAUUGGAACUCCAAGAGCUGGAAGCCCGGGCCAUUCUUCUACGAAGGCAACGCCCAUGAGGGCAAGAGGUUCACUCCUGAAGGGCGGGUCCUCAGUGAGACGGGAAUAG